GAACGCCGGGCUUUUCAGAUAAAGCAGGACGAUCUCUUUUGCAUGCAAACUGUGACGAGAUUUUAUCACUGAUAAGGCAUUUUCAGACCUCUUCUGAGCUCUCAAGUUUCUGCAAAGUGCCUUGAGAGUCGCCUUUAAUAGUAUUUUUUUACAAAGAAAAAACUAUCCACUGAGAACCAAAAGCUAGAUCUAGCCAUCUACACACUAUUCCCGUCUUGAAUAGCUCCAAUCCCCUGUAUUGUAUUACUCUCAACGAGAGCUUAAGCGCUGAGUUGUUGACUCCGUGAGUACAAAAUUCUUUAAUCCAUUUUGGGAAAAUGGCAAAGGAUGAGAAGAAGAGCGAAUGGAAGGAGUUCUUCUGGAACCCAAGAACCGGCGAGUUCUGCGGUCGGACCGCCGGCAGUUGGGGUCUGAUCCUGUUGUUUUAUCUGGCAUUCUACUUUUUCCUGGCCUGCUUAUUCGUUCUCACCAUGUAUGUAAUGCUGCAGACACUUGACGACCACAGACCAACAUACCAGGACAGACUUGCAACUCCAGGCAUGGUGAUAAGACCUAGGGGAGAUCAACUUGAACUUACUUACACCUUACAGUACACAGAGACCUGGGAAAGAUACGUCCAGGCCCUCAAUAAUUUCCUGUCUCCUUACAACGAUACAGUCCAGAGCCAGAAGAAUAUCGAUUGUAAACAAGAUCAGUACUUUAUCCAGGAGGACAGUGGAAGUUUGAAAAACUUUCCAAAGCGCUCCUGCCAGUUCAAACGCUCCAUCUUGGAAGAAUGCUCGGGUAUAUCGGAUCGUUUCUAUGGUUACGACAAUGGAAAGCCCUGCGUCAUCAUCAAGAUCAACCGUGUUAUCGGUAUGUUACCUGGGAAAGACAAGCAGGCUCCUUUCGUCACAUGUGGUGCUAAGGCUGAUGACUCAGAUAAACUCGGCCUACUGGAGUACUAUCCUCCCAAUGGCACCUUCAACCUAAUGUACUACCCUUACUAUGGCAAGAAAUCCCAGGUAAACUAUUCCCAGCCUCUAGUAGCCAUUAAGUUCCUCAACAUAACCAAAAAUGAGGAUGUCAAUGUGGAGUGCAGAAUCAAUGCGAACAACAUUCCUGAGGGCACUGAACGGGACAAGUUUGCUGGACGUGUUUCCUUUAAACUGAGGGUCAACUCCAUUUAGUAAACAGAAAGUUUAGUUUUUUGUUUUUCACAUACACGCACACACAAGCACACACCAUCUAACAUCUGCGCAGCAGUCACAGAGAGACAGGCCAUAAAUCCUUAGCACUGAAAGAGCAAAGAAUAAUGCAUUUAAAAUAUCAAAAUAAUAAUUUUUGCUGAAAACCCCCAAAACUGACAGCAUUAGCGAUUUUGUGGAGAGUUAGCAUGCUUGUGUUGUUGUGUGCAUUUCGGUGUGUACUGUACAUCAGUGUGUACUCUAAAUAUGCCGGGUCAAAAAGGGACAAACCCAAUCGUUGGGUUAUAAAUUAACCUACGCUCAGCUUCUUCAACCAAAAAUGUUGCAUUAUUUCAACCUAGGCUUGGUUCAAAUAUAGACAUGUUGGUUAAUUUAUAACUGAACAUUUGUCCCUUAGAGUGUGUAUGUUUGCAUGUGUGAAUUAAAAUGUUAUUUAUUUUCAGAAAUGCAAACUUGAAUUGCAUGCUCAGUAGGGAGAGCUAUUCAUAAAUAAAAUUAUAUAUUAUUAUGACGAUAUAAAAGCAAAAGGAGGUUUCAUUUUGUAAAGUGGAGAAAAAAGCAGCACCUGAUAUGAGACAAUGUUGCUGUCAUGUGCAUCUGUAAAUUAGGAGAUUAAUUAUUAAGUAUAUACUGUAAAAAAUAUUCCAGAGCAAAUUUUACUGGCAUGAUCUUGUACGUGUUUGGAGUGUCUAAAAUCUUUAUGUGUAUUAGUUCUGAAGAGUCCAGUUAAACCCGUCCACCAUCUAUUUUUAUAGCUAGAGACUACAUUUUACACCAACUUGUAGAUACGGCACAUGAUAAACAUCAGAUAACACUCCUCCCACUACACACACACACACACACACACACAUAGGUUAAACUCUCUUUCGUUCACACAAACAUUUCUGUAUUCCUAUAAAUUUCUGCAAUUCUGUCAGUUUGUACUAUUAUUUAAUGAAGUGUGUCUUCACGUUUCAUUUAUCGUGAGGCGUGUCUAUUUAAGUUUGUUUAUAUAUAAAUAGAUCUUUUUUGCAUGUGUUUUCCAUGGUGAGGGUAUAUGACAUUUUGUAUUGAUACUAACCGAUGGCUUAUAGAUGACAGCAGACAUCUAUAGGUACAAAAAUGGGUUGAAAUGUGUGUUUGAGAUGUGUGUAAGAAUAUGUGUGAAUUCCUGCACUUAGAUUUAUUUGAAUUUGUUUUUUGUUUCAUGUUUAACAUCUUUGUGCACGAUUUACUUUUGAGUUUAUUUUUGAAUGUAAUGUUAAUGUUGCAAAGACGUAGACAUAGCUUACUUAACAGCAGGAUCAGCAGGCGUAUGUAUUUGCUGAUAAGAAAGGCUGAAGUGAAACCAAACAGGUCCUCACUUUGCAUGAGUCAAUAAAACAUAAAAAUAUCACCCAUCUCAUUUUUCACCUUUUGUUUUAAACUCAUCCCAGCUCAUGUCACAUACAGUAUGUGGAGUCCAUGAAAAAGUUGUUUGAGGUUUCCUGUCAGGCAGAGAGCUGAUCACUCAUUUGAAUGUAAACACAGCUGGUGUGUGUCAUAGUCAUUCUCAUAUGAGUACACUCUACACAAUGCCCUAAUCCUUCAAUCCCAUUGGAUAAUCCUAACAUGGAACGGUUGCUUAACACCAACAUUUGUCCAUAUCUUGUCACAACAUUACAUUUACAUCAUCAGGAGAAUAAUAUACAAUUGCAUGUAACUAACAUAUCUACAAAGUCAUAUUUAAUUCAGUAACAAAAUGUCAAUAAGUCUCAUUCAUGUGAGUGCGUACGUGCGUGCGUGUGUGUACUUUAUGUAAUGCAAGUGACCUCCAGUAUUUUUGUGUUACAUAUUUUAUGUGUGUGUGUUUGUGCAGUAGAGUUAUGUGAUCCAGCAGAGAAAGGAUAAAACCCUAAAUUAAAUAUUAAUUAACAUCAGAUCACAUGUCAUUACAAUUAACUAUUACAGUAGUUCUCUGAAAGAAAUCCACAUUAAUAUUAUUUAUUAUUCUAUUUGUCUAGUAACACGCUGUUGACACAGUUUCCAAACAAAACUAUAAGGAAUGCAGAUUUUGCUGCAUGCAAUCUAUUAAAUAAUGAUUAUUGUAUACAAUAUAAACAGCGCCCCUGUUGGAACAGUUGCGUUGGGCCUCUCCUAUGCCACCAUGUUUCAUUCGUGAACUGCACAAGUUAGUUUAAAUAUAUAUUCUUCUGAAAAGAAUUACAUUUAUAUUUUGUAUCCAUUUUUUUUUUGAAAGGUGGAUUACAAAUAUGACAAAUGUAUAAUCUAUUUAUAUAAAUAGCCUAUAGAGGUGAGAAUGGCUUUAUUUAUAUAAAACAUGCAAUAUGGAAAAUGUUAAAUAUUUUCAAAGAACCUAUAUUUUCUAUGUUAUCGAUGAAAAGCAUGUACUGUUAAACCAGGGAAUUAUAAGGUAGAUUUUAUGCUUAACAGCGCUUGUGGCUGUUGAGGCCAAGAAUGUAUAAUUUAUGGUCGCUUUAUUGCUUGGAUCCAAUAGUGAACAUACCAAAGUGUGUGCAACGCUUCACAUGUGCUUCAAAACCUUGCAAAUGACAUUGACAAUAUAAAGACAAUUAUUAUUUCAUUAUGGGCUGUUUUUAUAAAACUAAUUUGUGAACAGAUUAUCAAAGUUAAUAUAAGAGAGCUUUUUGAAACACUAAUGGGUUCUGUAAGUUAUGUAUAUGAAGAAUAUUAAAAAGUAUAGUUAUGUUGUGGUUUGGAUUGUGUGAAGUAAGGUGGUUACUGUAGAACAGCACCAGCUUCACUUUAACAGCAUGCACGUCAAAACCACAACUGCAGAAUACAUUCUGUUAUAGCUCAAAACAAUGUGAUUCAGACAGUAGUUCAGACACAUUCUGAAAACUGAUGUUUGAUGAACAAUAAAAUCCUAAAACUGUUAUUUAAUUUAAAACUGUAUUAUCUUCGUUCUUAUUUAACUAUGUUAUGUAUGUUUAACCUUAAACUAACAUGUUAAAAUAAAAAGCAAUAAAAUGUGA